AUGUUCGAACAGCAACAACAACAGCACGACGCAGCUGAUCAAACGAAACGAAAUGAUGUGCAUUAUUUGUUGAAACAGUUAAAUAGUUUUAGUGAUAUAGAAGAAAUAGAAAUUGUUGAUAUGAAGCAAAGAAAGCAGCCGCAGCCGCAGUCGCAGCAACAACAACAACAGCAGCGACAACAACAGCAACCCUCACAACGCACAAGCAAAGCUGCCGCUGCCUGCUCCAGCUCGCUGGAGCUAAUGCCCAUGUCCCGCUCCAUGUUGCCUUUAGCCUUGGGCUCGCCAUCGACACAGUCGCACAAGGGCAACUUUAUGGAGCAUGCCGGGCUGGGGGGCGACAGCAACAGCUCGACACGGCUGCAAUUCGAUGAUUAUUUAUUCGAAUCGUGCCACUAUUUGGAGACAAACUAUUUUGCCGCUACCUAUCGCACUGCCAUGGUCGAGAGCAGCUCGCACGAGUUCCGGCCCUCGACCGCCACGCCGCCGGCGAGCGUGCGCUCCGACAGCUUCGAGCUGCACGAGCUGCAGCCGUCGAGCGUUAUAUGCAAGGCGGCGGCGCCAGCCAGGCUGGAUGCGGGCUCACCGCCGCCGUAUCAGGCCGAGGUCCGCAUGACCAGCAGCGGCGUCCAGACUGAGCUGACCGUUGAGUCGCUGGCGCAGCUUAGCAACGGCAGCAGCAGCAGCGGGGCCAGUUCAGGCGGCUCGCCGCAUUUGCCGCCGCUUUUCAUAUGCUGCUACACGCCCAUCGAUCGCUGGCGUGCCAGGCGUUUGGGCGCGGCAGCUGCCGCCAAGCGGUCCAAUCCCGAGAAGCACGGCCAUCCCGUCUGACAGUGGAUCCAAAAGUGAAAGCGAAUAUAAAAACUGGCUAAAAGGCAGCUGCGCUGUUUCAUUUGCGAUAUCAACAAGAGAUUCCAUUUCGAAGACAGUCAAUACACAAACUUCGCCCAAUAAUCAUUUUCCAAACAACAACAAUAAGCAGAAAACAUGUACAAUUUUUUAUACACACCCACACACACACAACCAUUCGCACAUUUUUGCAAUACACAACCAGAGAAAAGAGUAAGUACAUUUUGAUAGACUUAAAACUCAAUAGAAAACAAACCAUUUGGAUAUGUUGUAUAAAUAAUGAAAUGAAGAGCAAAUUUAACGCAUAGGUCAUAUUAAUUAAACGGCAAUUGAAUUGUUUCAAUCAAAUAAAAUACAAAAAAACAAAUUGUUAACAAAAAGCGCAAAACUAAACGCCGGCGAUUGUGCGAAACGGAGGAGACAGUGAGAGCUUGUAUAGUAAGUUGUUUAAUAAAUAAUAAAAUAACACAAAAUUAA